UUUGCCACUCGCACCGUUCGUAUAUCACUCUCCCCAUCUUAUCGCAACGGCACCCAUCGCACGCACUCCUCAUCUUAUCCCCCGCCUCCUCCGGUCCUCCCGCCGCUGUUGCUCACUUCUGAGUCCCGACGCACGAGCUCCCAAGAGCUAGCCAUGGCGUCCACCACCCUCUCCUCCGCCUUCACCCUCCUCUCCCGCCCCUCCACCUCCCCGUGCCCCGCCGCCUCGCUCCCGAGGUCCUCCCACGCCGCGCCCCACAUCCGCCGGGGCCGCCGCGCCGUCGCCGUCGCGUGCACCGCCACCGAGUCCCCCAAGAUCCUGGAGCUCGGGGACGCCAUCGCCGGGCUCACGCUCGAGGAGGCCCGCAGCCUCGUCGACCACCUCCAGGAGCGGCUCGGCGUCACCGCCGCGGCCUUCGCGCCGGCCGCCGUCGUCGCGGCGCCCGGGGCGGGCGGCGGGGCCGCGGCCGAGGAGGAGGCCCCCGUCGAGAAGACGGAGUUCGACGUGAUGAUCGAAGAGGUGCCCAGCAGCGCGCGUAUCGCCACUAUCAAGGUGGUGCGCGCGCUCACCAGCCUCGCGCUCAAGGAGGCCAAGGACCUUAUCGAGGGUCUCCCCAAGAAGGUCAAAGAGGCCGUCAGCAAGGACGAGGCCGAGGACGCCAAGAAGCAGCUCGAGGAGGUCGGCGCCAAGGUGUCUAUCGCGUGACACUAGGUAUACGAGUACUCCUUUUUUUUCUUUAGUUUCUUUUGUUUGCAUCCCCAAUCUCUUGUAUCCCCACUGUUGUUCGUAAGGAAUUGCUGUUUCAUGAUAUGAGAUUUGUGUAUGUGUCGAUUCACUAGCUUGUAUGUGCGUGAUAUAUCUCUGCCUUGAAUUGGCAGUGAAUGUGAUCUGCUCGAAACUGGUAAUGUGUAUUUGCCUUCUUGGCACUAUCAUUAAUUCAUGAUGGUGGACAAAUGGACAUUUUGCUUUCCUUGUAA